AUGUAUGUGGUCUCGGUCUCACGUGAGCUGCUGCAGGCGCGGGCACGAGCGCGUGCGCUCACCGAGGAGCUCGACAACCAGAUGAACGUGCACCGAUGGCGCGAGCUCGAGGGCACCGACCCACACACCUAUAGCCUGAUUAAGCGGACGCAUGCAUUGCAAAAGCAGCUGCUCCGGCGGACGGAGGAGGUUGCGCAGCGGGACCAGCUGAUCCAACAAAAGGAGAGGCUCUAUGUGGAGCUCAAGGCCAUCCUUGCCAGGCAGCCGGGUCCGGAGGUGGCGGAGCAGCUCAAGGCGUACCAGGAGAAUCUGGCGGAGAAGCAGAAGCAGCUAAAGUCGAUGGCGGCCGAGCUGCACUCGAACCGACAACAGGUCACCACGAUGAAGGCAGAGCAGGAGUCGCUACUGCGCGGGCUGUCACAGCUCAAACGCGGAUACUUCGCCAAGCAGCAGCGGGCGUCCGAUGCGAGGGCGGAGACCGCCGGAGGGGAGGAGGGAGACGAAUUGUCCGUGCUCGAACGGGGAGAGCGUGGCCGAUAA